GAAGGAGUUGCAGUGUUGGUUGCUGGUGUACCCGACUCAGGCACCCCUGACUGGCUUCGUGUCCCUGAGGCUCACCAGAAAAAGUUUUCUCAGCCCUCGGACUUCUAUACCUUCCAGAGAGAGACUUUUGUGAGCUCCAACCUUGACCCCUGCAGAGGCUGAGCGAUGGCGUCCAUGGGACUACAGGUGCUUGGAAUCGCCUUGGCGGUCCUGGGCUGGCUGGGCGCGAUCCUGAGCUGUGCGCUCCCCAUGUGGCGGGUGACCGCCUUCAUCGGCAGCAACAUCGUAACGGCGCAGACCAGCUGGGAGGGCCUGUGGAUGAACUGCGUGGUGCAAAGCACCGGGCAGAUGCAGUGCAAGGUGUACGACUCGCUGCUGGCCCUGCCGCAGGACCUGCAAGCUGCCCGAGCCCUCAUCGUCGUCUGCAUCAUCGUGGCUGCCGUGGGGAUGCUUCUCUCAGUGGUUGGAGGCAAGUGCACCAACUGCAUGGAAGACGAGACCACCAAGGCCAAGACCAUGAUAGGAGCCGGCGCCGUAUUCAUCGUGGCAGCCUUGCUCGCUAUGGUGCCUAUAUCGUGGACCGCACACAACGUCAUCCGCGACUUCUACAACCCCUUGGUGGUUUCCGGGCAGAAAAGAGAGAUGGGGGCCUCGCUUUACAUCGGCUGGGCGGCUUCUGGGCUGCUGCUCCUGGGAGGAGGCCUGCUCUGCUGCAACUGUCCACCUCGCAGCAACGACAAGCCCUACUCCGCCAAGUACUCCGCCGCCCGCUCUGCCCCCGCCAGCAACUACGUGUAAGGGACCUGCCCUGCCGUGGGCCACACUAACUGCAGGGGACAGCAAGCCCGGAUUGUGCUAAAUUUCUGCUUGGGGAACCAUCUGACCCCUUGGACACAUCUCAAGGCUCCUUACUCCGGCAAGGAUGAAUGUAAAAAUACUUCCUGGCUGCCUACAUCCAAAUUGCUCAUGGAUCCAGAGUUGAAAGCAGAAACUGCUGUGUACCGCAGUGGAGGGGGGUCGCUGGGUCCUGCUGGCCGGGAUAGCUCAGCUGUGACUCUGGGUCCUCCAGUGGAUGUCCUGCUCAUGCUGGCACCUCCGCUGACCCUUUUCUAUGCUCACGCUCUCUGUACACAUCUGUUACACCGGCGCCACUUUUGCCAUUGUGCCCCAUGUUUCUGAGCACACCUGAUCCUACCUGGAGCCUUGGUGUGAUGUGUGACUGUGACUGAGGGUGCCGUUGAGAGCCGAAUGGGUUCUGCCGUGGAACCCCAGUGACUGACAGUGAGCGGGGCUUUUACCCACCCACCUACCCUCGUAAUGGAGUUCUGUGGAGUGGAUAGACGGGUUUGAGGGAAGGGUGGAGGUGGAUUAAACUGGUCUGGGGAGUGCCGGUGCUGGGGACCUAGAAGCAGCCCAGGCUGUCCCCACCCCUUUCUGGUACUGUCUUACUAAAUACCCUGCUCCCCUGGGCGUCUUGAAUGGCCCCUCUGAAUUCCCUGCCUUUGUCAAUUCCAAGGAUGCUGGCCAGUUUGGGGCAGAUAUGAGGGGCAAUGUCGUGGCAGCGGGGAGUCUCCCGGGACUCCCCUGCCUUCUCUGUGGUUUCUUGUUUUGUAAUUUAAGGUCU